AUGUGAGCGAGAGGAGCUAGACCUGGGAAAGCAGGAGGGAAGUUUAGCUGCUCAGUGGAAACGCCGGGGAGCUGCUGGCUCCGGCUCCGGGGGAAGAAGGAGGGAAGGAAGGAUGGCGGCGGCCCCGCAGGUGGGCUGAGCGAGCACACCGCCUGCUGCUGGGGUAGCCCUCGGGGUUUGGUGCCUGGGGGACACCCCGAGGAGCACCCCACCUCGUCCCAUCCCCUGCUGGGUGCCGGGUGCGCGCUGCCUCGCCGCGUGGCGCGGGACCACAGAGCAGCAAAACCCCCAUGGGGCUUCGCUGCUGGACGGGACCCGGCCCCCGCGAGCCCCCGGGGCUUUGCACCUUGUCAGGAAUCCGGCACCAGAAGGAAAAGUCACCUCCGCGCUCCUCGCCACUAGCAGACGAGCACGAGGAGCCAGGUUUGGUUCUGGCAGCAGCCCAGCAGCGAUCUGCGUUGUGACCACUUCCCACGGACGGGGGAACGGUGCUGAGCCCACCCCAACGGGAGGAAGCCUCCAGGAGCGAUAAAUCUGCCCGGUGGAGCCCAGCAGGGAUCCCCGCGUGCCGUAGAGUGUUACCCGUCGAGGAACAGGAACCUGCUUGUGUGCUCCAGGUGCCCGCGAGGUUUCCGAGCUCCCACUGGCACCUGGGGAGCAGAGAGGAGCUGGUGCCAUGGAGCCUCCUGCGCUCGCCCUGUCCCUCAUCCUCGCGCUGGGAGUAUCCUCGCUUGCUUCUGGGACCAAACUCCAGCCCUACAUGCCACACGUCUGCGCGGAGCCGGAGCUGGCGCUGGUGGGGCGGCGGGAGCCCUGCGCCCGGGCACACGCCCGCACCGUCAGGGUGUGGAGGCAGGACUGCGUGGGACGGCGCUGGUGCACGGGCUACGAGCGCAGGACCGUGUACUACACGGGCUACAGGCAGGUGUACCAGGUGCAGUACCAGACGGCGUACAAAUGCUGCCCGGGGUGGUCCCAGCUCGCAGGCGAUGCCGGCUGUCUGUACCCUGCCUGCAGUGCUGCAGUUUGUUUCAACGGUGGGAACUGCGUCGAGGGUUCUUCGCAGCUCUGCCACUGCCCCGCUGGCUUCCAAGGCCCUCGCUGCCAGUUUGAUGUUGAUGAGUGCCAGGUUCACAAUGGGGGCUGCCAGCACAGAUGUGUGAAUACUCUUGGAUCUUAUUACUGUGAGUGCAAGCCAGGCUUUCGCCUGCACACAGAUGGCAGGACCUGCAUUGUGGUGAACACGUGUGCCCUGAACAACGGCGGCUGCGAGCACGACUGCGUGCAGGUGACACUGACCCAGCACCAGUGCCGGUGCCGCCGCAAUUACCAGCUGAGGGAGGACGGCAAGCGCUGCGCCCUGAGGAACCCGUGCGCUGACAGGAACGGGGGCUGCAUGCACCAGUGCCACAACCACCGCGGGGCCGCGCGCUGCGAGUGCCACCCCGGCUACAGCCUGGCACCUGACGGCAAGGCCUGUGAAGAUGUGAAUGAGUGCCUGGCAGGCCUGGCCAUGUGUGCUCACCAGUGCCUCAACACCCGCGGCUCCUUCAAAUGUACCUGCAGCCCGGGCUACGAGCUGGGGGCGGAUGGCAAGCAAUGCUACCGGAUAGAAAUGGAGAUUGUGAACAGCUGCGAAGCCAGCAAUGGUGGCUGUUCCCAUGCAUGCCACCACACCAGCUCUGGCCCUGUCUGUACCUGUAACUUUGGCUAUCAGCUUGAGGAGGACCAGAAGACGUGCACUGAUAUCAAUGAGUGUGACAGCGGUUCUCACUGCUGUCACCAGGAUUGCUACAACUACCCUGGAGGCUAUGAGUGUGCCUGCCAUGCCGGGUACCGGCUCAGCACCGAUGGCUGUAGCUGUGAAGACGUGGACGAGUGCUCCUCACACAACGGCGGGUGUGAGCACACAUGCCAGAACCAGCUCGGGUCUUUCCAGUGCAGCUGCCGGAUCGGAUACAAGCUGGAUGAAGACCGAAGGGGCUGCAUCUCCAUAGAUGACCCAGUGGAAGCUCUGGAUGCUCAGCACCCCGUUAUCCGCCCGAUCCCUCAUGUCGCAAUCCUACGGGAUGAAUUCACCCAGCUCUUUAACGACGAUUAUGAAGAAGAGGAGGAAGAGAUGGAAGCAAGAGGAGAGCACACCCUUUCAGAAAAAUUUGUCUGCCUGGAGAACACCUUCGGCCCCGACUGCAGCCUGACGUGUGAGGACUGCCAGAACGGGGGCACGUGCAAUGCCGAGGGGACUGGCUGCGACUGCCCGGCCGGCUGGAGCGGGCUGCUCUGCAACCAGACCUGCCCGGCCGGCACCUUCGGGAGGAGCUGCAGCCAGGCCUGCCGCUGCCAGAACGGGGGCACCUGCGAGCCCAGCACGGGCGCCUGCCGCUGCCCACCCGGCGUGGCCGGGCCCCUCUGUGAGGACGGGUGCCCUAAAGGAUUUUUUGGGAAACAAUGCAGGAAGAAAUGCAACUGUGCCAACCGCGGCCGUUGCCAUCGGAUUUAUGGCGCCUGUCUGUGUGAUCCUGGCUUGUACGGACGGUACUGCCAUUUAGCUUGCCCCAAGUGGGCCUUCGGCCCCGGCUGCUCCGAGGAGUGCCAGUGUAUGCAGCAGAACACGCAGGACUGCGACAAGAGGGACGGCUCCUGCCGAUGCAAGCCUGGCUACCAUGGCACACAGUGCGAGAAGGAAUGUGACCCUGGCUACUAUGGAGAUGGCUGCAGGAAGAAAUGCAGCUGCUCCCCAGAAGUGCCCUGUGACCACGUCACCGGAGAGUGCAAGAAGGAAUGUCCCCAGGGCUACCAUGGGGACAACUGCGACCAAGAGUGUCCGGAAGGCAGGUUUGGAGCUGGCUGCCUGCUGCCCUGCUCCUGCAACGGGGCGCCCUGCGACCGUGCCACCGGGGAGUGCGUGUGCUCAGCGGGCUGGACAGGACACGACUGUGCCCAAGCCUGCCCCGAAGGCCACUGGGGCCUCGGCUGCCAGGAGCUGUGUCCUGAAUGUGCCAACAACGGCAGCUGUGACCCCGCCACGGGAGCGUGCGUGUGUCCUCCGGGCUUCACCGGCAGCCGCUGCCAGGACGUGUGUCCGCCCGGCUGGUACGGCCCGGCCUGCCAGCUGAGCUGCAGCUGUGGGAACGAGGGACAUUGCCAUCCUGUGACGGGGACGUGCAGCUGCGCACCCGGCUGGACGGGCCACGACUGCCAGAGAGCUUGUGACGGGGGUCGCUGGGGCCCCAGCUGUGCCAACGCCUGCAACUGCAGCAGCAGCGACGGGAGCUGCGACGCGGUGACGGGGCGCUGCGCCUGCGAUGCCGGAUACACCGGUGUCCGCUGCGAGAAGCGGUGCCCGGAAGGAUGGUUCGGGGCCAGCUGCCGACUCCAGUGUCAGUGCGAGCACGGGGCUGCGUGCGACCACGUCAGCGGGGCAUGCACAUGCAGCUCGGGCUGGCUGGGGACCUUCUGCGAGCACCCCUGCCCAGAUGGAUUUUAUGGCAUCGAGUGUCGGGAAGCCUGUGAAUGCCUGAACGGAGCCAGCUGUGACCACGUCACGGGGCAGUGCCGCUGCCCUCCUGGCUGGACCGGUCCCCGCUGCGGCCACACAUGCCAGGAGGACAGGUAUGGCGAGGACUGCAGCCAGCCAUGCAGCUGCUCCAACAAUGCCACCUGCGACCACGUCAGCGGCCGGUGCCUGUGUGCGGCCGGGUGGAUGGGGCCCACAUGCCAGCAAGCAUGCCCGCAGGGUUUCUACGGGACACACUGCCACGAGCGCUGCCUGUGCCAGAAUGGGGGGACGUGCGACCCCGCCACGGGACACUGUGCCUGCCCCGUGGGCUGGACCGGGCUGGCCUGCGAGCUGGCCUGCGCCGAGGGGCGGCACGGGGCCGGCUGCGAGCAGCGCUGCGCCUGCCAGCACGGGGGGCUCUGCGACCACCGCGGGCACUGCCUCUGCCCCGCCGGCUGGACCGGCACCGCCUGCGAGAGCCCUUGUCCGGAGGGGCUGUUCGGGGCCCGCUGCAAGGAGCGCUGUGACUGUGGGGACAAGGUGCCGUGCCACCACAUCACGGGUGCUUGUGAGUGUCCCCGCGGCUGGAGGGGCCGGCGCUGCGAGAAAGCCUGCCUGCCUGGGUCCUUCGGGAAGAGCUGUGCCGGCCGCUGCGCCUGCCCCCCAGGAGCACCCUGCGACCACGUCAGCGGCCGCUGUGUCUGCCCACCGGGAUUCACGGGAGCCGGAUGCGAGAAACCCUGCCCGCCCGGCACCUUUGGGGAGAGCUGCGGCCAGCGCUGCCAGUGCGCGGGAGCCACCCAGGACUGCCACCCCGUCACCGGCGCCUGCGUCUGCGCCCCAGGCUACCACGGGCCGGCCUGCCAGCUGGAGUGCCCUGCAGGCUGGUACGGGCCCAGCUGCGAGCGGCCAUGCGAGUGCCAGAACGGGGCUCGGUGUGAACGCACCGCGGGGACGUGCCACUGCCCGCCAGGCUACAUCGGCGCUGACUGCAGCAUCGCCUGUCCCACCGGUCGCUACGGCAAAGACUGUGUGCACGCGUGUGUCUGUGGCGAAGGUGCCACUUGCCAUCACGUCACCGGAGCCUGCCUUUGCCCACCAGGAAAAGUCGGUCCCACUUGUGAGCAAGGCUGCCAGGAGCAGCGCUAUGGGGUGGGCUGCCAGCAGACCUGCUCCUGCCAAAACGGGGGGCUGUGCAAUGCCACCGACGGGUCCUGCUCCUGCGGGCUCGGAUGGACUGGGAAAUCCUGUGAAUUAGCGUGCCCGCCGGGAAGGUACGGGGCCGACUGCCAGCUGCACUGCGCCUGCCAGCACAACGCCACCUGUGACCCCACGACGGGCACCUGCCGCUGCCCCCCGGGACACUACGGGCCCCUCUGCGAGCACGGUUGUCCCCCGGGUUUCCACGGGGCCGGCUGCCAGCAGCGCUGCGACUGCGAGCACGGCGCUGCCUGCGACCCCGCCACCGGCCGCUGCCGCUGCCCCGGGGGUGUGCGUGGCCAGCGCUGCCAGGCAGGCUGCGAGGAAGGAACGUACGGGGAGGGAUGCCAGCAGCUCUGUGACUGCUUAGGAAAUGUGACCUGCGACCCAGCCACGGGGCGCUGCCUCUGUCCCCCGGGGAAAACUGGCCCUAAGUGCGGCUCAGAGUGCCCAGCGAACAAGUACGGCCCCGACUGCGCACUUGGCUGCACCUGCGCUGCCCGCAGCUCCCAGUGCAGCGCUCGGAACGGGCAAUGCCGCUGCCUCCACGGGUACAUGGGCCCGACCUGCCGGCAAGCUGUGCCAGCCCAGGUGCCCACCAGGCCCCCGCUGCCCCCAGGGGAGCUGCAGUGGACGGAGCACUAGGUCCGGCCGCCGCCAGCAGUGCCCUCAGUGCAGGACCCCCUGGAGAAGCACAGGAUGUGACUGAACUUGUUUACAAGCCACAUGCAUUAAUUAUUACCACCAUGCCAGACUACACUGCUGCUGCUCCUGAAGCUGGCUGAGUGAGGCUGGUGUGCUGAGCACCACCAGGGCACCUGGGCACCACUUGGGCUGGACACAGGACCCUGAGUGCUGGUGCCCCUCAUGCUGGACCCCAGGAGUGUUUGCUUCUGCUCAGAGGCUGGUGGACUUCCACAACUCA